GUGAUUUCCAGGCACCAGUGCACCAGACCAUACCAGAAUCAAGGUCAGAUUCCUCCCGCUUACAGAUCUCGGGAUCGGGCCUUGUCCGGCCCGCGAUAUAUCGCGGAUCACGGCCGUGGUGUGGCGUGGCGAAGCUCUAUACGGAUACGCAUACUCGCCUUGGCGGCGACUGCCUCCUCAGUAUAGUGUGUAGACGGUAUCCGUUUUCGAAGCUAGGCCGGGCAUUCCAAGCCUCGAGGACAAUACGCCCGACUCGAUGCAGGACGAUACGCGGCAACGGGUAUAUAAGGGGUAGACCAAGCCAUCAAGGUCUGAUUCACAGCAAUCCAACUACAGCAAAAUCAAUCAUAGCAGCUCCCGGCUUUGGAAAGCUGGUAUGGCAUCCUUGAUACCUUUCGCAACAGCCCUCCUGGCACUUACCAACACCGCCUCGGCCGCCCCCUCCAACAACAGAGGCAGGUCGUGCGUCACCUUUGACAUCGCCGUGCCAGUUACCGCCGAGAACUCCAUCUACGAAACGCCCCGCGUUGACAACAACAUUGACGCCGUCGACUGGAUCUGGGAUCUGGAGACCUGGACCUCACCCAACAUCACGGAGCGCAUCAAGGGCGUCAAGAAGGUCCAGGACACGUUUUCGAUCAAUGCGCAGCUUUGCGUCCCCAAGGACAAGAAGGCGGAUAAGAGUGGGAUUCUGCAGAUUGCGACGCAUGGGUUUGCGUUUGAUAAGCAAUACUGGGACUCCGAGAUUGAACCCGAGAAGUACUCUUACGUCGACGCUGCUCUCAAGGCCGGCUACUCAAUCCUCACCUACGACCGCCUGGGCGUCGGCAAAUCCAGCAAGCCCGACGCAUACGAGGUCGUCCAGGGCCCCGUGGAACUCGAGAUCCUCAAGGAGCUGACUGUCCGUGCUCGCUCUGGCGACCUCGCGAAAUCCAUCAAGGGGAAGCAUGUUGAUAUCCCCGACUUUGAGAAAAUUGUCCUUGUCGGCCAUUCGCUCGGCUCCGCUGUUACCAUCGGCGUCCUCUCGAAAUACGGUGAGAUUGUCGACGGCGCCGUCUCCACGGGCUUGAUUACACAGGGCAAGCUGGGACAGACGGGCCAGUCAGCCUUCGGGCUUGAACACGCAAAGAGCCACGAUAAGAAGAGAUUCGGCGACCGCGGCAGCGGAUACCUGGUUCAGGCGACCUUGAGCAACGUGCAGCAGAUCUUCUUCAAGAAGGGACAUUUUGACGAGAAGCUGCUCAAGUACGGAGAGAAGAUCAAGGAGACGGGUACUAUCGGCGAGUUCCUCAGCUUGGGGUCCGUCCUGGCGACUCCUGCUCUGAACUACAAGGGGCCUCUUUUGUUCGCCCUCGCCGAGUACGACUUUGGAACCUGUUCCGGAGACUGUAAGGGAUCGUACGACUAUGAUGCCAUCAGGAACGAUAUGUUUCCUGCGGCGUCGGAUGUCGAGGUGCAUAUCCAGGAGGGAAGUGGGCAUGCCUUGACCAUGCAUCACAAUGCGACGGGCCAUUUCCAGGCUAUCUUUGGGUACCUGGAUGCGAAGGGCCUGUAGGCCCGGGGCUUUGAGAUGGCCUUGAGGGAGGAUGUGUCUACAGUGAGGGAAGAAGAGAAAGAGGUGUGCACAUACUUGUGUACUUGUACAUGGUAGUUAGUUUCCAUGAAUCGUACUGGACUGAGUAGCCACCAUCAGAUACCAAUUUGUCCGUAUUCACUUUUGUUGGUUCCAGCAAGGCUCACUGAAACCAUGGCCAAGCCCAUUCAUUCUACUGCACCAACCAUCUAAGAACUACCCUCAAUGUAUCAGACUCAGCUCUCCCCUAGGAUACUGAAAACCGCCAGAGAGGCAUGAGAAACCCACACACGAGGCCCUCUAUCCAACCGGAUAUCCCAAGUCAGGUCAGCCAUCCACGGGCUGGUCGAACCCUUCUCCAACGACAUCGUACUCGGAAAACGCCCAGCCAAACAUCGUCCGGAGAUCGAGCGAGUCCACAGUUUGAAGGUCUGAUAUGGAUUCAAAGUCGAUUGGGACUGGGUAAUCAAGGUCCAGGUCGAGGGCGAGGUCGAGGUUGUGAGACUGUGUUGUCGAUUCUGUUCCUAGCGGAGGGGGCGGGGGCAUGGAAAAAUGGGACUGAGGGUCCUGAGACAUGGGUGGGGAUUAGCAUUUGUAUGAAGUGGUCGAGGCCGAGAAUCAGGGGAGAGGAGAGGAGGGCAAGGAAGAGCGCGCGCAAAACCGACCAGAUGCGGACUGUGAUUGCCAUCGCCAUGAUCAUGCUCACGAGCCCCGAUCCCGUUCCCGUUCCCAAUCCCAAGACCGCGAUCAGUACCAGCACCAAAACCGGAACCGGACCCGAGUCCCUCUCCGGCUACUCCCUCCACUGGCUUCUGAGCAUCCCAGUAGUACUGCCGCGCGAUAUGUGGAAACUCCGCCAUGAGGGACCCCGGAAGCGCGUUGUUCGAGGCGAUAUCCACGAGGCUGAAAUAGCCCGCUGCCGUUUCGAGGAACAGCAAGUUCGCUUGGGAUUCCGGGUGGCGUGGGUUAUGGAUGACGAGGUCGAAGAGGAUAAAGACUGCGGAGACGGGGAGGACGGCUAGGAUGCUGUGGCCCACACAGGUUAGAUUUAUUUCUAGUUUGAGG